GAUUUGCUGGUCGGACUCGGUUGUUGCUUACAUUUUUCGGAACAGGAACUACACUGGCGGAGGGAUGAGUCUCUCCCCUGUGAUUGGCACAGACGUGCCAGAAACAGCUAAUGGGGAUGUGGCCCCCAUCUCUCCAGAAAACGGCCCUCAUGAUCCGACCUCGGUGAAAUGUGGGGGCAGCAGAGUGCCCUGUCCUGGAGAGGGAUCAGAGGACACUGACAACCACGUAGAAGUGGAGAACAAAGUUUACGAUGGCGAAGGCUGCUUGGACUCAGAGACAUUGAAUAAUGGUAGAACAUCUAGUUUAUCGUUACGCUCUUCUGACGAGCCGGACGCCUCCCUCCCUGCUGCCACAUGCACAGGAGACUCAGAGGACUCAGAAUCUGGCUCCAAAGACACAGAUAUUCAUGAGGCCUCUAACACUGUAGGGCCUCCUGGUACAGCUCUGCUGUGGGUCCCUGCACAGCGAGCACACUUCAAAGAGUUACCUCCCCGAGAAGGCCCUGCCAAGUCGGACAGACAGCCGAGGGAGACGGACACCGACAGCCGAGACGAGGAGGAAGAUGGAGAGAAGGAGAAACAGGAUGAAGAGGAAGAUGAGAAGAAUGAAAAAAAGUGGAUUCAUCAGCGAGCAGGAGGGAGAAAAAGGGUAGAGGUGAUUAUAUUGUCCUUUAGCAGAUUACAUGUACCAGCAGGAGCAGAUGGAUUGAAGAGAUAGUACCGGUCAUGAGAUGUAAUGAACUCCUCCUGAACAAAGGUCAAU